AUAAAGCGAGACGGAGCGGUAGCACUUCAGUUCUAAAUCUCUCAAACUCUCUCUGGCUUACAUGUGCGAUUUUCACUCUCUGACUGUUUUCUACACGGCGAUCUGCAAUCAACUCCUGAACCGAGUUACCGCUACGAUCAUCCCGGCACCGAGUCACCUCAUCCCGGUACCGAGUCACCUCAUCCCGACACCGAGUCACCGCUACGAUCAUCCCGGCACCGAGUCACCUCAUCCCGGCACCGAGUCACCUCAUCCCGGCACAGAGUCACCGCUUCGAUCAUCCCGGCAGCACUUGCGGUGUCGCAGCGAUGAUCUUUCGGAGAGAAGAACUGCCGCAGCUCCUGGAGGAUGAGCCUGAGACCGGAGUGAGCAGACUGUCUAACAGCAACGGAGCAUGGAUGGAGGAAACUCCGUCUGACCUGCUGCUUGCCAGUGAGCUCCACUACAACACCGUGGAGGCUCGUGACAAUGAGGAGUCCUACAGUCCUGAUCAGGUAGGUAUCAAUUGUUUUGCAGGGGAGGAUGUACACCGGGGGAGGAGACGGAGGGAGCAGAUGAGUGAGGACAACACCGAAGAGGCCCCUCCUAGAAGAAGACAGCGUUUGGAGCAAGAAGAUGAAGAUGAUGAGCUGAUUGACUUCACUGGUUGGGAGAGGAGCUCGUCCCCUUCGUGGCACGUAUCCCCUACAUUGCCAUUCGUACCAGCUGAAGAUACUCCAUCCAGCAGGGCGAAUUUCUGGAUGAGGAUGAGGGAGCACAUGAGUGAAGAUGAGGACAACGAUGAAGAGGACCGUCCUAGAAGUAGACAACAUGAGGAGCAAGAAGACACUGAGAAUGAUUUGGAGAGGAGCUCAUCCUCCUUCUCCCUUACUUUUCACUUCUUUCCCACUAAAGAUGGUGCGAUUUACGUCCUUCUUGUCGUUAUCAGCAUUCACAACGUAAUUUUGGGCCCAACUGGACUUGUACCCGUUUCCACUGACAUUCCUAUUAGUUUUCUAGUUACUCUUAACUAGUAGUAUGGUACUAGCUAUUACCAUUAGGUAAGAUCCAGUCUUAGGAUUUUACAAGUCUGGUAGCUAUUUCACCUCUAGCCUCCAGCAUGUCUUUCUAAAAAUCUGUGUUAUGUAUUUUCGGACGCUGGCCUUCACUCAGUUCACUCAUUUCAUUUGUACAGUACGAUUUGUAUUGUGCAUUUAGGAUAUAAGCAUUAAUCUAAUGUAUAGUUAUCAAAUUUAUAUAUAUUAAAUGUGUAGGCUAGACAUAUUAGUGCUAAAAUAGGUUAUGUCUAUUUUUAUGAUGUUUAUUAAAUACAAUAAACGUUUUAUUAAU